AUGUCUUUCAUAAUACUGACUCUGCUCCUAGCAGUAAUCCAACUAUUUGGCCAAAUAGACAACGUGUUUGGUUUUGAAAUAGACAUCUCUGAAGCUCCUUGGCAGGCAUCAGUUCUGGUGCAUGACAAGCAUCGUUGCGGCGGGGUGAUCUACAAGGAUAAUGUCAUCCUAACCAUUGCUCAGUGUGUCAAAGGUGUUAGAACGGGUAACCUUGCGGUUCGAGUGGGCUCCGACCAGAUGGAUCUCGGCGGUCAAGUGGUACCCGUAACAAAGGUGGUCAUGCAAUUGAUGGGUUCGCGUCCCAGUGAUGUGGCCAUCCUGACUCUAAAGGACUCCGUUGAAUUGAACGACAACGUCAAACCCAUUGAGUUGGCCAGCAGAACCCCCAGGACGGGCACUAAGGCCUCAGUCACUGGCUGGGCAAAUGUGGUGGGUGAAGAGCCUGCUGAGGAAAUUUUAAUGAAAACGAAUCUCACCAUUGUUGAAAAGCGAGAUUGUAGGGGAAAUGAUUACCUUAUCAAGCGGAUCUUGAGUCUCGACGAACUGUGUGCCUCGAAAUCGAACUCUUCGAACCUCAUCUGCCAAGGCUUUUCCGGGGGACCGUUGGUUUCCGAUGGAAAACUGAUUGGCAUCGGAUCCUGGAACUCCAAAUGCGACUUCCUAAGAUCGCCACUGUAUAUGCUGAUAUUCCCAUGA